AUGUCACAGUUUCGAGCCAAGAGGCUGGACAUCUCCUGCUUCGUCAACCCGCGCGUCAUACGGGACCACACGAAGCGGCAGGUCUUCAACAAAUUCGAGCCCGAACGACAAGCGCUUCGCUAUCUAAUCCGCAACACCUCUCUGCCCAUGCGUGUCCGCGCUCAGGCGCAACUCAGGCUCUCCCAAAUGCACUGCUACACCAACCCCACGCAGAUCAAGAACAGAUGUAUUGCCGGAGGCGUAGCUAAAGGUGUUUUUAGAGAUUUCAAGAUGGGUAGAUUCCAAUUUCGAAUGCAGGCUCUAGCUGGGAAUCUUCCGGGUGUCAGGAAGGCGAGCUGGUGA